AUGUCUGAACCGCAUGCGGGUUCCCACCGCGACAAUGGGCCUCAAGAUCUCGAUCUUACCUCUCCAGAAGGCUAUGAAGACUCAGCGCCAGUAUCAAGCCGGUCUUCAAUGUCCUACACAAGGACAUACUCAACACCAGCGACCGGGGCACAAACUCCCGAUCCACUGAUGGGCAACAUCAAAAUCGUGGACAAAAUCGCGCUCCAAGAUCUCUCUAUCAGUAACAUCGGCCGUGAAAUCAACGAGAGUUAUGCCCUCGAUACAACAAGCAAAAUGAAAAACAGAAAACAUGCAGACUCAGUAUCCCGAUCUCAUCCUGACAGCGACGAAGAAUCAGGAUCCCCAACCCGCACCAAACAAGGCAUCCCGCCCGAACUCUCAAGCUUCACAGCCGAGCUCAUCCUAAUCUUCGUCUGCUCAGCAGGCCUAAUGCUCUUCUCUUUCCUGCUAGGCGACAUGCUCGCCCCACAAGAACAAAUCAAAACAGCCCUCGGCAUUACAAACACCCAACUCCCCUGGGUCGUUGGCGCCUUCAACACAGCAAACGGCCUCUCAGUAAUCAUUUCUGGCUCACUAACAGACCUAAUGCCACCGAAACUCCUCAUGGUCGGAGCAUUCGCCUGGCUAGCCGUGUGGAACUUUAUCGGCGCAUUUACUCUCCACCCAUCCCGCUACGUCCUUUUUUUCGUCAUGCGCGCAAUGCAGGGUCUCGCCAUCGGCGUCCUCGUCUCAGGAAGUAUGAGCAUCCUCGGCCGCGUCUAUACGCCUGGUGUACGCAAGAACCGUGUGUUCUCGGCAAUGGCAGCUACCGCUCCAUUCGGGUUCUCUCUCGGCGCACUGCAAGGUGGAGCAUUGUACCAACACCUCCCAUGGAUCUUCGGCUCGAACGCCAUUAUCUGUGUGCUGUUGUGUGCGGCUGCUUGGUUCGCUAUUCCACCUCUCAAACCCAUCGCCGAUGUCUCCGGAAAGGAAGCCCCGUCAAUCAAGCAAUUCGACUAUAUCGGCGGUUUCUGCGCUGCCGGCGGUUGCGUGUGUCUCCUGUUCGGGUUAACGCAGGGUCCCGUCGCUUCUUGGUCCCCUUACACAUACGUUUUGAUCAUCGUUAGCGCCGUGCUAUUCGUCGGGCUCUUCUUCGCAGAGCGGAACGCAGUCCGUCCUCUCAUCCCUAACCGUCUCUGGCGCACACCGGGCUUCACUCCGUUGAUGAUCGCGUACUUCCUUGGUUUCGGGUCUUACUUCGGCUGCUGGCAGUUUUACGCAAUCCAGUUCUGGCUGCGUAUCCAACACGCUACCCCCAUUGCUGUCGCUCUGUAUCAUAUCCCCAACGCGCUAGUCGGUGUCCUGGCGACGUUGAUCGUCGCUCGCACACUGCACCUCGUUCCGGGUCAUUAUAUUUACGCGGUUUCUAUGUUUGCCUUCACGCUUGGACCCGCGUUUUUCCUGCCGCAGACUGCAAACACCAGUUACUGGGCGCUUUCCUUCCCGGGUAUCUCGUUGGUCACGUUCGGGCCUGAUCUUGCUUUUGCCGCGGCAUCCAUCUUCAUUACUAGUAAUGUUGAACGCUCGUAUCAGGGGAGUGCGGGUGCUUUGUUGGUUACGAAUCAGAAUCUUUCAUCGGCGAUUAUGACCAGUGUUGCUGAUGCUAUUGGUACCCGUGUUAGUCGGGGCCCGGAUGGGGAAAUUGGUCUUGAGGGUUUGCAUGCUAUUUGGUGGUUUGCGCUUGCAGCGCAGUUGCUUGCUGCGUUGGUCACGAUUAUUUGGGUCAGGAUUCCUAAGGAGGAGGAGAAGGAGCACGUUACUUGA